GUCCCUCGCGCCGGCAUGGCGGUGUGCGCUCGGCUCUGCGGCGUGGGCCCGUCGCGGGGGUGUCGGCGCCGCCAGCCGCGCGGGGGCCCGGCCGAGGCGGCGGCGGCCGACAGCGAGCCGGACACGGACCCCGAGGAGGAGCGCAUCGAGGCGGGCGCGGCGGCCGCGGCGGGGGCGCCGGGCGGUCGGGGCGCGGGCCCGCAGUCCGCCGCGCGCUGCUCGCUGCUGGAGCUGCCGCCCGAGCUGCUGGUGGAGAUCUUCGCGUCGCUGCCGGGCACCGACCUGCCCAGCCUGGCCCGCGUCUGCACCAGGUUCCGCCGCAUCCUGCACACCGACACCAUCUGGAGGCGGCGCUGCCGGGAGGAGUAUGGCGUUUGCGAGAACCUGCGGAAGCUGGACAUCACGGGCGUGUCUUGUAGAGACGUCUAUGCCAAGCGUAUAAACCCUCGCGUGAAGUCGGGACGUUUCAUGAAAAUUCUUCCCGAUUACGAGCACAUGGAAUACAGAGAUGUUUACACCUGCCUGCUCCACCGGUACCGACACAUUCUGGGAUUGUGGCAGCCGGACAUCGGGCCCUAUGGAGGACUGCUGAACGUGGUGGUGGAUGGCUUGUUCAUCAUUGGCUGGAUGUACCUGCCCCCCCACGACCCGCACGUGGACGACCCAAUGCGAUUCAAGCCUCUGUUCAGAGUCCACCUGAUGGAGAGAAAGUCGGCCACAGUAGAGUGCAUGUAUGGCCACAGAGGGCCACACAAUGGCCACAUCCAGAUCGUGAAGAAGGAUGAGUUCUCCACCAAGUGCAACCAGACGGACCACCACAGGAUGUCUGGCGGGAGGCAGGAGGAAUUCCGAACGUGGCUGCGGGAGGAGUGGGGGCGGACGCUGGAGGACAUCUUCCACGAGCACAUGCAGGAGCUCAUCCUCAUGAAGUUCAUCUACACCAGUCAGUACGACAACUGCCUGACCUACCGCCGCAUCUACCUCCCGCCCAGCCACCCGGAUGACCUCAUUAGACCCGGCCUCUUCAAAGGCACCUACGGCAGCCACGGCCUGGAGAUCGUCAUGCUCAGCUUCCACGGGAAGCGUGCCCGGGGCACGAAGAUCACGGGUGACCCGAACAUCCCCGCCGGGCAGCAGACGGUCGAGAUCGACCUCAGGCACCGCAUCCAGCUGCCUGACGUGGAGAGCCUGCGCAACUUCAGCGAGCUCUCCCGCCUCGUCCUGGACGUGCGGGAGCGGCUGCGCCAGGAGCAGCAGCAGGAGAGCGGGCUGGAGGACGGCGGGGCCGGAGGACGGCAGAGCCCCCGAGAGCCCCAGCAGGGCCCUGCCCCGCCCGGUGCGGAGCUGCCUGCCGAGAAGGUCGGGGAGGCCGGGGGAGCAGAGGCCGCGGGUGCCCAGCCCGGGCAGGGGCAGCCGUUUGUGUUGCCCGUGGGCGUGAGCUCGAGGAGCGAGGACUACCCCCGCACCUGCAGGAUGUGCUUCUACGGCACAGGCCUCAUUGCCGGCCACGGCUUCACCAGCCCCGAGCGCACCCCUGGGGUCUUCAUCCUGUUCGACGAGGACCGUUUUGGGUUCAUCUGGCUGGAGCUGAAAUCCUUCAGCCUGUACAGCAGGGUGCAGGCCACCUUCCGGAAUGCAGAGGCGCCGUCCCCGCAGGCCUUCGAGGAGAUGCUCAAGAACAUCCAGUCCCUGACCUCCUGACGGGCGGCCCCGGACCCUGCGCCUGGGAGAGGAAGCAGCAUGCACUUUGGAGAGUCGGCCUCUGACCAGAGCACCCACGACGGCGGAGUCUCGGCCCAGCCCCCCCCGGACUCUUUGUACAGAGUGUGUGACCUUCGCGUGUGUCCUGUCCGGAGCUCGUGGGAAGGCUGACUGAGCGUGUCUUACGGAAAGAAAGAACCAGAAGAGGACCGAUGGAGACGCCGGCUGCAGAGUUCUGUGAACAACUCAAGUGGAGAAGCUGGGUUUGUCCUCAGCCUGCGGAUUUCAGGGACAGCCCGAGCCACCCUGGGGGCUGCACAGAGGCAUCGUAUGUGGGGACGUGCUGCUGGAGGCAAGGGACAGGGCCUGCAGGCUGGCAGGGGCCUGGGGUGAGGGCAGUCUGGGUGGGGGGCAGAGUGUGCAUAAAGGGAGCUCCGGGGAGGGUCUGGAAUGCUGGGCCAGGACCCUGGACUGAAUUCCCAUUUCUCUACUAACCUGCUUGGAUUUUAGACAAAUGCGGUUCAGCUCUGACGGGUCUGGGCAGCAGCGCAGGGGGCCUGUGAUGCGGGCCAUAGGCAAGGGUGGCUUGCUCGCCCUGGUCUCUGCAGCUUUAGAGUCAGGACCUUCGCCCCAGCCAGUCCCACGCAGGUGUUUGUUCGCACACCCCCCACCCACCUCCUGCCCACGCGCUGGCGUCAGAACCCCGAGCUCAGCCACUUGUCCCAGGACCUGCCCCGGAACUCAGCAGGGCCACGUCCGAAACAGCCCCGCGUUCCCCAUGUGCAGGGCGCGCCCGGUGCUGCUGUUCCCAGGCCUGAGCAGCAGAGCCGGUGAUGCGCAGAGGACCUUGGCCCACCUCUGCAGGGCGCAGGGCAGCUUUCUAGACAUCACGCCCACGGACGGAAUGCGCUGUAGACACCAGGGCCUCUUGGGAUCCUCCAAGGCGGGGACCCUGAUGACAGAUGCUCCUGCGGGUGCUGUGCCUGUGUGUCCCGCUGACACCUGCUUUUGGGGCCACCGUAAGGUCUCUGCUGAUCUUAGCGUCCCCUGAGAACAGAGCCCGAAUGCACGCGGACCCCCAAGAAUUCGUUGCAGCUCUGCCUCAGGCCUGCAGAGAGCUGUCCCCACGCGCACCUUCCAUGGGGGCGGCUUCCCGGGCGAGGCAGAGCGCCCGUCCCCCUCUGCGAUGCUCAUCCUGCUGGGCGGACUGCGCCGGGCCCCUACACUGGGGGCGAGGGUCCCCAGGGAAAGGGGCAGCUUUGUGGUGCCUUCCUGUAGAGACCAACGUGAGAUGUCCCAUGAAACCUGUUCUCCUGACGAAUUUCUCCCUGACUGGCCUUUUUUUAAAAAAUAAAAAGUCCCUAUUGCUCUA